UCAGCUGCAGAGAUGAAUAACCAAGGAGUAACCUAUGCAGAACUGAAGGUAGCCAAGAACUCAAAGAGGCAGCAAAUAAAACCUAAGGGCACUAAAAGUUCCAUUUCAAUAACUGAGCAGGAAAUAACCUAUGCAGAAUUAAAUCUUCAAAAUGCUUCUCAGAAUCUUCGAGGGAAUGACAAGAACUACCACUGCAAAGAUAUACCAUCACCUCCAGAGAAGCUCAUUGCUGGGGUUCUGGGAAUCAUCUGCCUUGUUUUGAUGUCCAGUGUGGUAACAAUGAUAGUUUUUACUCCCUCUACUGUAAUACGGGAGCAGAAUAACUCCUCUCUGAUAAAAAGGCUCCAGAAAGAAUGUCAUUCUGGUCAAUGUCCAAAAGAGUGGUUUACAUAUUCCAACAAUUGCUAUUAUACUCAUUUUGAAAAAAAAACAUGGAAUGAGAGUGUAUGGCCUGUGCUACUGAGAAUUCUACUCUGCUUUAUAUAGAUAAUGAAGAAGAAAUGAAAUUCCUGAGGUCCCUAUCAAUUAUGUCAUGGAUUUCAGUCUUUCGUAAAGGCCGUGGUCAUGAAUGGAUGUGGC